AGGCUGAGAAGUGGGCCGUGUUGAUUGGGCCGCCACGCGAGGCGAUGCCGCUCGGGAAGCGGCUCGAUCGAUCACUGUCCGCCCACUUCCAAUCUUUAGCUGGAGGCAGCAGCGAGCGACGGCCAUGCUCCAUGCCGCCGUCUCGGCCAUCCCUAGGCUCCGCGUGGUGCCUUCGCCGCUACCGCUGCGGCGUCCUUCGGCGGGGACCCACUUGGUGCGGCCCCUCUCCUCCUCCGCUCCCCAUGUAACGCCGGCGCUGGAGCUGCCGGACCUGCCCCGCCUCGCCAACGCCGCGCGCAUCUCCCUCUCCCCGCAGGAGGCCGAGGAGUUCGCCCCCAAGAUUCGGCAGGUGGUGGACUGGUUUGGGCAACUUCAGGCAGUUGAUCUUGGGUCCAUUGAGCCUUCACUUAGGGCUGGUCUGCAUCUUGUUCUUCACAAUUUCAUCAUUGAUUAUUUCUCAUUAGCGUCUCUUGAUUUGAUAGAAUUUGGUACGACGGCUGGUAGUUCUUUGAGAGAAGAUAAGCCUGAAACAUUUGCUAACACCUGGAAGCAAUUACUCUUCCAUAUUUUUUUUCACUGAAGCAUCCCCAUGCUUUGCAGCGAAAAGCUGAGUGUCUUUUUUGUUUUCCUCAAUGCAGAGACGCCAUCGUAGAGGCCAUUCCGAGCUAUGAUGAUCCAUACAUCAAAGUGCAAAGAGUGCUGAACAAAGAAUGAAAUGGAGUCUGUAUAUCAUAAUUUUUAGAUUGUUGAUAUUCUUUGUCAUUAAAGUUGGCUAUUUUCUUUGGGUCUAAAAAUACCUUUCUCUUGUUGUCUUUCCCCGGUAUACACUGUUAGCAGAACAGUACCAUACACGUACGGGCAUGUGCCUGUGUUGCGACCAUGUUCAGCGCACCUGUGCAGCGUCUGAACUCAGGCUUGGUUCAGUCGCUUUGUGACCUAAUUUGUGUCUCUUGGUUUCUCAGCGUCGAAGGUGGACCCUUUGUUGUUCAUCUAUCACCAUGGCAAGGACAUCAUCUACCUAUUAUUGUACAUUGAUGACAUCA